GGGGCAACGGGGACUCGGUGGCGGCGGUUGCUGCCUUUACUGGUGUUGAGCUUGUCGGUGUGCGGGUACGUGUGUCGAGCAUCUUCGUCGCCUCUGGAGCAGCAGCAGGAGGAGGAGGAGGAAAGUGCCAUGGAGAACAUUGUCACGGAGAAGAAAGCUGAGGAGAGCCACCGGCAGGACAGCGCUGACCUGCUCAUCUUCAUCCUGCUCCUCACACUCACAAUAUUGACCAUUUGGUUGUUUAAGCACCGCCGGUUCCGCUUCCUGCACGAAACUGGGCUGGCGAUGAUUUAUGGUUUACUUGUAGGUGUAGUGCUGCGCUACGGCAUCCAUGUCCCGCGGGAUGUCAGCAACGUCACGUUGAGCUGUCCCGUCAACGCCAGCCCUGCCACGCUGCUGGUUCAAUCCCGAGGCAAGUUCUACGAAUACACGCUGAAGGGCGAGAUAAGCGCCAGCGAAGUGGACGAUGUGCAGGAUAAUGAGAUGCUGAGGAAGGUGACGUUUGACCCCGAAGUCUUCUUUAACAUUCUCCUGCCGCCCAUCAUCUUCCACGCCGGAUACAGCCUGAAACGGAGACACUUUUUCCGGAAUAUGGGUUCCAUACUGGCUUAUGCCUUUUUGGGGACUGUGGUUUCGUGUUUUGUCAUAGGGUUGUUGAUGUACGGCUGCGUAAUGCUGAUGAAGCAGAUGGGACAAUUGGGUGGAGAAUUCUUCUUCACCGACUGUCUGUUCUUCGGCGCAAUCGUGUCCGCAACUGACCCUGUGACAGUGCUGGCCAUCUUCAAUGAGCUACAGGUGGAUGUGGACUUGUAUGCGCUGCUCUUCGGCGAAAGCGUACUCAACGACGCCGUGGCUGUCGUCCUCUCCUCGUCCAUCGUGGCCUACCAGCCGGAGGGUGACAACAGCCACACCUUCGAGGUGGUGGCCAUGUUCAAGUCCUUUGGCAUGUUCCUCGGCGUCUUCAGUGGCUCCUUCGCUCUCGGCGUCGCCACUGGCGUCGUCACGGCUCUUGUGACUAAAUUCACCAAGUUGCGGGAUUUCCAGUUGCUUGAAACGGCCCUGUUUUUCCUCAUGUCGUGGAGCACCUUCCUAUUAGCCGAGGCUUGCGGUUUCACAGGCGUGGUGGCGGUGCUGUUCUGUGGAAUCACUCAAGCGCACUACACAUUCAACAACCUGUCUCCCGAGUCACAGGACCGCACAAAACAGCUGUUUGAGUUGUUGAACUUCCUGGCGGAAAACUUCAUCUUCUCCUACAUGGGUUUGACCCUGUUCACCUUCCAGAAUCACGUAUUUAACCCUAUGUUCAUCGUUGGGGCUUUUCUUGCAGUGUUCCUUGGCCGUGCGGCCAACAUCUACCCGCUGUCUUUUCUUCUCAAUCUGGGCAGACGCAACAAGAUUCGAUCCAAUUUCCAGCACAUGAUGAUGUUCGCGGGACUUCGGGGCGCCAUGACUUUCGCGCUAUCCAUCCGAGACACGGCCACCUAUGCGAGGCAGAUGAUGUUCUCCACUACGCUGCUCGUGGUCUUUUUCACCGUGUGGUUCUGCGGCGGCGGCACAACGCAAAUGUUGUCGUGCCAGCGAAUACGGGUGGGGGUGGAUUCGGACCAAGACAACUCUAUGAGUGUUGGCGAAGGUUCCGAGCGACGAAGUACCAAACAGGAAAGUGCCUGGCUUUUCCGGAUCUGGUACAAUUUUGACCACAACUACCUGAAGCCCAUCUUGACCCACAGCGGUCCCCCGCUCACGGCCACGCUGCCGGCCUGCUGCGGCCCUCUGGCCCGCUUCCUCACCAGCCCCCAGGCUUUUGAGAACGAAUGUCAGAUCAAGGACGAUGACUCGGACCUGAUCUUGACCGACGGCGAUGUCAACCUCAACUACGGCGACAUCACAGUCAGUACAGACGGUGCGCGCGACGACCCUGACCGCGAGUUGGCGUGCAGUGACCACGAACUGGUGAUGCGGGGAACGCGCCUGGUGCUGCCUAUGGAUGACUCGGAGCCGCCCUUCACGGAGCCCCGCUGCCGCUUGUGA